AUGGCAACCUCCGUGGACGCCAAAAUCCAAAAGUCGACCAAAUUCCCUGUAGAAUUCAAUCAGAAGGUUGAUAUGCAGAAAGUGAGAACGGAAGUUGUUAAGAAAUGGAUUGCAAGCAGGAUAUCCGAUAUACUUGGCAACGAAGAUGAUGUGGUCAUUGAGAUGAUUUAUAACCUCAUUGAAGAGAAACGCUUCCCGGACAUUAAAAAGAUACAAAUUCAACUCACGGGUUUCCUCGAUAAAGACACCGCCAGCUUCUGUAAAGAAUUAUGGAAGCUAUGCUUAAGCGCACAAAGCAGUCCACAGGGCGUACCGAAAGAACUUUUAGAGGCAAAGAAGCUGGAAAUUAUUCAGGAAAAGAUUGAAUCCGAGAAACUCGCAGAACAAGCUCGAAAGCGCCGUGAUGACGAACAAAAUCGGGAGCGUGACAUCAAUGCUAUUAGACAGAGAGAACGAGGAGACCGCGGCCGUGGUGGCCCAGGGCGUGGAGGAGAUAGCUGGCGUGGGGGUCGAGGAGGACGUGGAGAUGAUAGAAAUAGGGAAUUCGAUCGGAGGCCAGGAAGAGAUUUUGAUCGUAGAGGUCCCCGUCAUUCAAGGUCACCUCGCAGGCGCGACUCAAGGGAACGGUCUUACAGAGCACCUCCAUUACGAGAAGCAGAUACGUAUGUUCCACGUGGUCGGGGUGAACCAAGGAGAGAUAUGAGAGACCAGCGAAGAAGGCCUUCGGAAAGCGUAUCUCCUCCACCGAAACGUGAAGCGUCAGAAUCCCGCUCCCGAUCCCCUCCCAGACGUCGUUAUAGAUCGCAGUCUACGUCGCGGACGCCUCCUCGCAGAAGAAGAUCUGUGCACAUAGGGGGGCCAGAAGUCCUGACCGAGGGAAUCGACGUCGAAGAUCACCAUCUGUGGUCAGCUCAGUUUCUCGCUCACCACGGCCUGGUAAAAGAAGAAGGUCGCCAUCAGAUUCAAGCAGUCGAUCACCUCCACCCAGAAGACGUAGAAGGAACUCAAGCUCUGUCUCGAGAUCAAGAUCCAUAUCGAAGACCAGAUCUGUUACUCGAUCCAAAUCUCGGCCAGCUUCUGUUUCCCGCUCGCCCAGCCCCGCUCGAUCUCGUAGUAGGGAGCGGGCCAGAGAGACAUCUACACCAGACGAUAAUACAGAGACUCGAGCUCGUAAGGGUGGUGAACGUGACGAACGUCGGCUAA